CACUCCCUCUUUCCCUUUCUUUAAUUUUGUGUAAGAGAUCAGAAGACCCCAAACAACAACUACUCUCAUCUUCUUGGGUCUGGGGAUUUGCCAUUUACAAACAUAUAUAAUGAACAUCAUAUAUAUAUAAUAUAUCGCACAUUGCAUACACAAAUCAUAUAUAUCAGCUGAUCUGAUCUUCUCUGCAUUAUACUCAAAGCUAGGAAUGAAGCGAAGCAUAGAAGUUGGUGGCAGAAAUAAUGAUAUUGCUUGGAUUCAUACCGGCCGGCCUGACAUUCCUUGUGGCCGCAGCUAACACUCCAAGAUCAGAGCCGUUGCAUAAUCUCGGAACCCAAGAAAGCUAGCUUCUUUCUACUUUAUUCCUAAAAUAAUCCUGCACCCAUUGUGAUUUGUGAGCUAGUGAGCAUUAUAUUAUAUUCUUGCUUUCUGUUCUGUCCCGGCCUUCUUUAUUUGUGUAAAGGCCUGGCCGGGGUUGAUCGAGUUUGUGGUGUCGCCGGAAAAAAUGUCUGCGAGGAUACUAUCUUCUCUUACGGAGGAGCGGGCGGACAUGCGCAGCAAGCAGGUUGGGUGCAUGACGGGGAUAUUUCAGCUGUUGGACCGCCACCACUUCCUUAUCGGCCGGCGAGUUGCCGGCCACACUAACAAAAAGCUGCUCACUAAAGGUGCCCACCACAAUAUGGAGCCCAGAAGUGUGACAAAAACAAAGAAGGAGAAGAGCGUGCAUGAGGGGUUGAAAGGGAAACAAAUGGCAUCUGACCAAUCAUCCAAGAUAUACCCAUCAUCUCCAACUCCAUCAAACCUCUCAUCACUUAGCAGAUACAGAACUCCUCAGCUGGAAUCCCCAUCUGAUUUUCCUGAAACACCCAAGAAGUCACUGCAUUUGGGCAGGCAAUCAUCACCUGAUAUCCAAGAUGUAGUGAAGGAAUCAAUGCACCGGGAGGCGCGAAGCGUAUCAAUCAAAUCUGUGGCCAAAGUAGAGGGCAAGAUCCAUCUACUGAAGCACAUUGAUUCCCCAAGGCCCUUGAAGCAGCCCGAGAGGAACCCUCCUCGCUUCUCCUGUGACGGGAUGGAAUCGCGAGAGAGGCUCAAGGCAACCAUGAAGCUAAGAGACACCCCAAGGCUAUCAUUAGACAGUGGCUUAAGGUCCAUUAAGAGCUCUGCAGACCAAGAUUCAGGCUGUCAUCAUAAACGAUCGUCCAGCGUGGUGGCAAAGCUGAUGGGCUUGGAAGGUUUCUUCCCAGAUGAACAUUCCAUUUCAAUGUCUUCAAGACAAACUCAACAGGUUUUUCAAAAGGAUUCUGGCAAUCUGCAAUUGAGACCUGCAACUUCAACCUUAAAAUCAACCCCAAAUUCAAGUAAUAAGGUGCCCUCCACUGUUUUUGGCGAAAUUGAGAAAAGGGUAACUGAACUUGAGUUCAAGAAAUCUGGUAAGGAUCUCAGAGCACUCAAGCAAAUACUCGAAGCGAUGCACAGGACAAAACCAAGAUUAGAGUGCCAAAAACCGAACCACCCAUCUUCUACCAAAUGGGAGACUUACCUUACCAAGAAGUUCAAUUCUUCCAUUCCAAUACCAAAACCGGACAACCAUAAUGGUAACCCCAAAAGGGUUGCAGGUUCCAUUGACAAAGGGCGAGCGAAAUUGGGACCUAAGAGAAACAACGUCAAGGAGCCUAGUCGGGGUGUUCCUGUUCCUUCUGCAGAGAAGAAGACCAAUGGAAGAACAUCAAAAUCAGUUCAAGAACACAAUCAUAUCCAUGUGAGAAGCCCAGGAGCUUUAAGUCCAAGAUUACAAGACAAAAAGCAAGGAAAAGACAAGCUCAGAAGGCAUCAAAAUAAGCAGCCCAAACCAGGUCCACCACACAGGAGACAUAAACCGAAACCUAACAAUCUCCAGUAUGAUGAUGACCAAACGAGCGAGACGAGCAGUGAGAAAGGCAACCACACGGCUUCAGUGCAAUCAGAACGAAACGAUUGCUUGGUCUCAGUGGCCCCAAUCGAACAACCAAGCCCUGUCUCCGUGCUCGAUGCUGCUUUCUACAUCGAGGACUCACCAUCUCCUGUCAAAAAGAUAUCAUCACCGUUUAGAGAUGCUAAUGAAGCAGAAUGGCACACAGACGAUUUAGACUGCAGCACAAGAAUUCUCGGCUCCGAAUACAAUCUGGUUCAUAAGUUCAGCAUACUAAACACUGAUCCUGAUCAUGAAGAUUCCAUUAACCAAAUUGCAUGGAAGUGCCAGAGUGACAACUUUGACCAUCACUACAUCAACAAGGUUGUACUGGCAUCAAACAUCCUCAAAGAUUUAGGUUGUGUCUCAACAACUGAGCUCCAUCUGAUAAACCCAGAGUUAUUCCAUGUUCUAGAGCAAACCGAAGGACCCACAGACAAGAACCCACUGCAGUUUGAUCAGAAAAUGCACAGAAAACUUAUAUUCGACACAGUGAAUGAAAUUCUUGCCCACAAGCUACAUCUGAAAGGAUCUUUAAUUCCCAGGAGGAGAUGUUUGAGUGGAGAGCAGCUUUUGAAGGAAUUAUACGCAGAGAUAGACUAUCUCCAGCCUAAAUCAAACAGCUGCAGGCUGGGCAUUGAGGAUGAUGAUGAACUGGUUAGCAUCUUAACUGCAGAUAUGAAACAUGAAUCUGCAGAUGAUUGGGGAGGAGAUGAUAGUGAGAUUCCAGCAUUAGCACUGAGCAUUGAGCGCCUAAUCUUCAAGGACCUGGUUACUGAGGUGAUUAGAGGUGAUGGUGAAGAGAGAUCAAGGGGGCAUUGUAGGCAACUAUUCACACAGUAGUAGUGGCUUCAAUCUUCAAUUCUGGGGUUUAUCUAAGUCAUAGCAUCCUGCACUCAUACUUUCUAAUGCUUCUUUAGUUAUACAUGUACCAUUUCCAUAUGUUGUCAUCACAUAUUUGACUCCCAAGCAAAAGAAAUUCAAUCAAAAUAUAGUUUUUUAGCA